UUAAAGUUUGCGUUUGGUUUUUGUUUCACCUUUGCGCCUUCACUUGCGCCCACUAAAACUUGCACGUUUUUACGCCCACCGUUUCCUUGUGACGGUGCCCAACGCGCAACUUGAGUGCAAAAUAUUGCUCGCCGUUUGUUCCCGUAAUGGUGUGAUUAGCACGUAGUGGCCCUUCGACUCGCAAAAAGCCAGAAUGUCGUACAACCGGCACGCCCGCGAAGUUGCGUACUGCCCCGUCUAGUCUAGUAACGUGCAACCGCAGGUGCCACCCUAGCUCAGUGCGUUGCUUACGGCGGCGACUUCUUGUGCAUCGGUGCUCUUUACGGACUGGUGAACCCGCAAUCCUGUAGUAGAAGAACAGCUGUGGGAGACCGGGCAUCUUGUUCACCGCGUUUGACAGGUCGGUACCCAACGUUCGGUACCGGCAUUGCGCCCACUGAUAUUGGCCUGCGACUCCUCGACAAUGGGACUGCACACCAUUCUCAAGAAGUUGAAGCGCAAGGAGAAGGAGAUUCGAGUCCUUAUCCUAGGGCUUGACAAUGCGGGCAAGACAACGCUGCUUAAGAGGCUCAACGGGGAGGAUACGUCGGAAGUGUCCCCCACACUUGGCUUCAACAUCAAAACCCUUGAACACCGAGGGUUCCGGCUGAAUAUGUGGGACGUGGGUGGCCAGAAGUCCUUGCGGGGAUACUGGCGGAACUACUUCGAGAGCACCGACGCGAUCAUCUGGGUGGUGGACAGUGCCGACCGACGGCGCCUGGGGGACUGCCACCGGGAACUUCGGACGCUCACCUGUGAGGAGAAACUGCUCGGGAGCAGCCUGCUGGUGCUGGCCAACAAGCAAGACCUGCCGGGGGCCGUGCCUCCCGACCAGAUUGCCGAGAUGCUGGAGCUCUCUGCCAUCAACAGCCUUCACUGGAAGAUGCUUGGCUGCAGCGCAUUCACAGGCAUGGACGGACUGUUGGAUGGCAUAGAGUGGAUGCUCGACGACCUCUCCAGGCGUCUCUACUACAUGGACUGAGCCGAGGCACACUUGUGUGCGACACAUUUGGCCAGUGUCGCUCAUCGGACUACGGUGGCUUGUCACCAGAAGCACGCCCCUUUGCACAGCAGACAGGUUGCAAUGCCAUGUCUGCUACGCUCUGCAAGCGGUUUCCCAUCUGCUUGGUUUAUGAAAUCAGCUGAAUAGCUGAUAGUGUGGUCUUUUGGCAGAUGUGAAACAGUGGCCUUGUCUUUUCUCAGAUAACAGACAUAUGGCCACUGGAGAAGAAUUAAGAGGUAGCGUUAAUGUAAAUGGAUGUAAAUGUAAAUGGAUAGAGGCUGUGGAGGUACUGUUGACUACUUGUGCAUUCCUCUUGUGUCACAAGCGCUGCACUAAAGGCACCGCUUCGAGAAGGCAACUUAAUGGGGGUUUUCCGAAAGUGAACUGUCUCUCGCACCUCCAGAAAUGUGGAGUGUGAAAGGUAUGCCAAGCAGAAGUGCACUCUAUGUAUUGUUGUGGUGUUUUAGUUUCGCCUUUGAUGCUCAUUAAACUUUGUGGGUAAGCUA